AUGCUGGAAUUAGCUGAAUUUGUUCCGGAUGACAAGAGUGUUAAAGAAUUAAUUGCAAUCGCUCAGACAUACAAUAUUGCAAUUUUAGCUGAUCUAUUCGAAAACGAUAAUACAGAUCAAAUAUUUAAAACGCACAUAUGUGUCGAUAAAAAUAGUGUUGUAGCAAAAUAUAGAAAAUUACAUCCUUUCAUAAAUCCAAAUGUAACACCAGAAUAUAUACGAGCUACUAAUAUACUUGGUGCAGACAUUAUUUUUAUGUCUCAUGUUACAAUGUGCACUCCUUCAACAAGGCCUAAAGCAGGAUUUGUUGAUCGUAUGGAUGAAGAUCAGUUAAAAUAUGGUUGUUCAAUGAUUAUAGAUCUAUUUGGACAUAUUAUUGCAGAAUGUCGAAAACUUGAUAAUGAAGUAAUAAUAGCAACCAUUGUACCUGAGAAACUUACAAAAGCUGGUGGAUACAGAUAUAAAAAAGCAAGAAGACCUAAUCUGUAUAGAGAUACAGUUGGUCAAUCACAUAAUCUUGAACAAAAGGUAUUUUGGCUUAGCCCAGAAGAAAAUUAA